CUUCCCCUGCUGCUUGCUGGGAGAGGACAUUCGGAAUGCCUUUCAGUGCCUGGCUUCCUGAGCUAUCUCACAGUAGCCAGGCAGCUUGGGGCAAUCUGACUGCAUCUUCACCUUCAGCCCUGCAGGAAUCUGGAUGCAGGCCAAAUACAGCAGCUCGAGAGACAUGCUGGAUGAGGAUGGGGAUACCACCAUGAGCCUGUAUUCUCAAGCCUCAACUAUCACCCGGCAGCUAGAGCCCAGGCAAGCAGAGCAAAGGACUCCCUCUUCAGCUUGGCGCCCAGUGGCCCUCACACUACUGACUUUGUGCUUGGUGCUGCUCCUAGGCCUGGCAGCCCUGGGCUUUGUGUUUUUUCAGUUCUACCAGCUAUCCAGUACUCAGCAAGACAGCAUUUCUGAAAAGGAAGAAAGGUUGGCGAAUCUCUCUCAACAUCUGCAGUCUGUCCAAGUCCGGAAUAGGAAGCUUGCAGAAACCCUACAGCAUGUGGCUGAAAAACUCUGUCGUGAGCUUUAUAACAAAAGUGGAGGACACAAGUGCAACCCAUGCCCGGAAAAAUGGAGGUGGCAUGGGGACCAAUGCUACCAAUUCUAUAAAGACAGUAAAAGUUGGCAGGGCUGUGAAUAUUUCUGCACUGGUGAGAAUGCCACCAUGCUGAAGAUAGACACACAAGAAGUGCUGGAGUUUGCCAUGCCUCAAAGCUACUCUGAGUUUUUCUACUCUUAUUGGAUAGGGCUCUCCCGCAACAGCAGUGGCAAAGCCUGGCUGUGGAUGGAUGGAGCACCUUACUCCUUUGAACUGUUUGAGAUUAUAAUAGAUGUUAGCAGCCUAAGAAGUAGGGACUGUGUGACCAUCCUCAAUGGAAAGGCUUUCUCAAAGGACUGUAGAGAGCUAAGACGAUGUGCAUGUCAGAGGAUGGCAGCAAGAGUGGAGCCCGAAAAUCUUCACUCGUCCCCUUGAACCAGCAGAUGAAGGGGACUGACGGUUCUGCUUCAGCUACCAACAAAAGAACUGAGACAAGGGAGGCCAAUGCAAGGCAUAUUUGAGACACUGGGCAAUGGAAAAUAAUCAGAAAAGGCAAACUCUCCAACUGGUACAAUCAGGAUUCCCAUUUUUCUUGUUUGGGAUCACUAGCAUUUCUGAAUUUGGGGGUCAUGCACAUAUUUACCAGUCACAAGAAGUCUUUAUCUGUGGACCACCAACCAGUCUCAGAAAACCUUACAGUUUUUAUCCACUUUCUUGACUUAGAAAUAACCUUCUGGUUUUCUUCCUUCUCAACAUCCAACACAUCUCCCUAUUUCCAUGUCUUCCUCAUAUGUAGAGAAGGGACACACUCACUAAAAGAGAGGAAUUAAAUGGAAGUCACAUCCUUUGCUCCAGAGGCAGGUGGUCCAGGGGAAAUUAACAGACCUUCCCAUCCUGUGCUUCUAAGUGCAUGACUAAUUUUCUUUGUUCCUCUUCAGUUUACACUUUUCCUUUUCCAGUCUAUCAAUAAAGACUGCAUCCGAAACAGCUGAAACAACUUCUUUUAUGAGAAUCUUAACUUCUUAUAAACAUACCUCUGCAUACCCACUAAUACUCCAAUAGUUGUUUCUUUUUCCUAAGAAAUUCCUCAAAUCCGCUUUACAUAGAAUCACUCCCCUUGAUACCCUCUUCAGAGAGAUUGAAGAUCAGUAAGAGAAAAAAAGAAAAACCUCUCUUAUGUGCACCAGAAAUAAUUUGGUAUUAGUUCUUAUUUUCUCCCAUUUGAUCCAUUUUUAUACCAUUCAGGUACCGAAGAGUUAAUAAUAAUAAAUAUAAAUAAUGUUAAGUGUGUGUGAUUUUAGAAUGGAUUUGUGAUUUGGGGUAAAAUUAAGCAUGAGAAUUCUUUUUAGAGUAUGAUAAUAAUCGUUGUUUUGAUUGUGCCUUACUGAGAGUUUGUGAGGACUCUGUGAAUUGCUUAUGUGAUUAUUUGUGGAAAAAUCCAAGCCUUUGAAAUACAUAUUAUCUUCAAGGAGAAGGUUUUAAUAUCUUCCUAAAAUGAGAUAUUGAAGCAAAAUUAUGACAUCAACACAUGACUGGUGAGUAAACUGCUUUUGCAAUAGACCACAUGAUUUCCAGUCAGGUCAUGGAAAGUGAAAGAGACUGACAAACUACAGAGCUGAAUUUUAGACUAGAUAAGGUCUUUCUCAAGAUGGCUGUUAUGCACAACCAUAACAGGGAUCUCUGUGAAUAAAACUGUCAUGACUACUGACUUUAUUGGUUAUAGAUUCAUCAGUUUUAGGGGUUUAAUAUUAGAAAGGAUCAUCCACGAAAGAUUAUAAAUCUUCAUUUUUCAACAGUGAAAACCGGGGUGCUUUGCUUUUAUUUUCAGUAAACAUGUAUUUCAUGAGGAAAUUACAUUCAGUUAGCAAUCAUGUGAUGAAAAAACUCUUGCAGUGUUCCUUUUUGUAAGACUGAAUUUGGUAAGAUUGUUACUUUAUCUGUACUACUUGCAGAUUCUUCCUUGAGGACUCUUCUUUUAAUUUUCUUCUGGUUAGCUAGCUAGGAAAUGUCUUCAGUGCUGCACGAAUUUUGUGUUGAUAUCCUGUGUCAUACAGAGAGAACUGCAUUUGUGGUUAGAAAAUGAGAGUUUUAGACUUAUUAUUCUGAAUUAUCUUAUGGGCCAAUCAUUUUACUUCAUGGAGCUGAUUUCAUUAAGUUUAAAGCAGAAAUAUUUGUAAGUUCCUCAUGAUGGUACUGUUUGUUAAAAUAAGGUAACUGCGAAAUUAAUUUCACAACCUAAAUUGUAAUAUAAAAUGGAAAGAAAACUUAUAAAAUAUUUUAAAAGAUCUAGUGAUUCAUUUUUAAGCAUAAGAGAGCACAAACAUGCAUAAACAACUUUCUUUGGUGAACUGUAUUCAUAAACAAAAAUUAGAGAUAACUAUUUUGAGGAUAUUAUCAAAUAUUUUAUAUGAUGAAUGCAAUAUUCAAUGAAAGUGGCUAAUAUAAUAUGCAUAGAAUAAGAAAUGAGGGGCUAGGGUUGUAGCUUAGUGGUAGAGCAUUUCUCUAGCAUGUGUGAGGCCCUGAGUUCAAUUCUCAGCACCAUAUAAAGAUAUAGAAAUAAAAUACAGAUAUUGUGUCCAUCUACAACUACCCCAAAAAAAAAUUUAAAAAAAGAAAUGAUAAUUAGGUGUGUUGUUAAGCAACCAUUAUUUAAACCCUACUGCUGCAAAGAAAAUCCAGUUAAAAUGAGAAAGUCAAAUAAAUUUAUGGACUAAAUUAUAAAGUAGGGAUAUAAUACUCAUUUAAGUAUCGAUUCCUGGCAUUCUGUGCUCAGGGAUGAAUGAUAAUGUCUCUUUAACUGCCGUUCUUUUGAAGAGUCUAGCUGCCUGAAGAGUGAAAGGUGACCAGUGUCUUCACUACUAAUAUUGGACCUAAAGGAGAGGUCUUUGUAGAUAGUGAGGAGGAAAGAGAGAAUUCUUUUGACAUACUUUCUUUCCCUGAACUAUUCUUCAUCUUUACCCUCAAUCCCCUGGUCUAAUAAAAAAAAACACAAUAUUGAUUGCAUUAUGAAUGAACAUUUCAGAAUAAAAACAUUAUGGCACAAAGUUUUCUCCACACACUUAAAUUUUUUUUAAAGAGUAGCACGUAAUCACAGAUGAAUUUGAAAAUAUGAUUUGCAGAGAACAACUUUCAGUUGAUAGUCAGAUUGGGACCUCAUCUUAAUUGGUUUUUCAGCAUAAGAUGUUUUUCCUUCUAGAUUGUGAGUAUGUAAUUCUGAAGAAAUUGCAGGAAAAGUCAAACAAGAACACAGCCUUUCCUGGUAGAGCUGAGUUCCCUAGGGUACACAAUGAGCUAUUCCUUUUCCUGAGGAUAUUGAACCAGUACUUAGAACUUAUCAACAGGAAACAGGUCAGGAGCCCUGGAAUAGCAGGAAGUUCAAGAAGGAUGAUGGGCAGAUUUUAUUUGGGGGAUCCAAGAAGAUUGUGAACCAAGCACAAGGGUUUAGCAGGUUGUCUCAGGAGCAGUCUUAAAAUUCGGGAGUUACUUCCUCUGCAGAGAGAUUCUUGUGGUUUCCAAAAGGUACAAAAAGCAGAAAAAUCUUACUUAAAUGGUAUAUGACUUUUGUACAAGGCUCAUUUUAUUAAGAGAUUUUCUCAGAUUCUAGGUACACCUAUUAUUAUUCUACUAAUUAUUUCAAUGUGUUUAAAAAAUAUAUUUAGUACACUUUAUUAAUACCUCGUGACAAAGCCUGUUUACAUUUGUAGAACAGAUAUUUUUUCUUUUCAACAACAACAACAACAACAAAAACCUCCAUGAGAUGAAUCCGAGACCCAAUUAAUCACUGGUGAACUAGGAUAUAAAAUUGGUUAUCUCCGUGCUAACAUCUUUAAGAAGCUUUGGUAUCCUGGACAAAAAGCAACCUGCAGGGAAAACUCUUCCACAUUGCCAUCUGUGUGGAAGCAGGGUUGCUACUGAGGAGACGUUUAGGAGCGUAGAUAACUGCAGUGUAGAUAAAAUUCUAACUUGUAAAUACAGCAUCAUAUACUAGCUGGAUAACAUCAGCUGGAGGAUGUUUGCCUUUUGUUUCACUGUACUUUUUCUAAGGAGAAUUGUAAAUGCUUCCUAUCCUUUCUCUAAACAUAGCUCUGUGACAAUACUUUGAAGAUUCUUUAAGACAAACAGUCUUUACCACUGAAAAUCGCUAUUGUUUCUCCUUUAUUCCAGGUUAUUAUAUUUAUCGGCCAGCUGCCAGUUGUGAUAACCAAACACAGGAGAAAACUUAUAUGGUUUUGGGGCAUCAGCAGAAAACUAGAGAAAAUUCCUUUUGUUGAUACUUCCACCAUUAAACUCCAGGUCAAAGGAUAAUGUUCGGAGGGCUGAGAAGAAGAUUUAGAAGCUGUGAAACUACCUCUUCAUGAAUUAGCUUUAAUUUCAAUCAGGAGCCUGUGAUGUUGAAAUGCUGAUAUGUCCCCUGAAGGGAAUCCAGUGUGCACAAUAAAAUUAACCUUUGAAUUGC